AUGUCGACCCGCUGCCUCAUCAAGCUCUGCGAGUAUCCCGAGAUCGCGCAGCAGCUCCGCGAGGAGAUGACAGCCGUACUUAAAGCAGACGGCUGGGCCAAGACUUCCCUAUACAAGAUGAAACUCUUAGACUCCUUCCUGAAAGAGGUCUCGAGGGUGUGCCGCACGGGGCACACGACUAUGGGCCGCUACGUCAAGUCGCCCGUCACCCUCUCCAACGGCGCCAUCCUCCCCGCCAACAGCCUAAUUCCAGUCGUGGACGACCGACCAUUAGACUCAUCUUACUACCCCGACCCCGAAACCUUCGACGCCCAUCGCUACCUGAAGCUGCGCUCCCAACCAGGCCACGAGAACCUCCAUCAGUUCGUAGCGCUCUCUACCGACAACAUGCUCUUCGGACAUGGACAGCAUGCGUGCCCGGGUAGAUUCUUCGCGAGCAAUCAGAUCAAGAUCCUGCUCUGCUUUCUGCUACUGAAGUACGACUGGAGGUUCGCGCCGGGGUAUGAGGUGCCGAAGGAUACGGAGGUUGAGCAACAGGUUAAUACGCCGAUGCAUUUGGAGGUGCAGGCGAGGAGGAUGGAGGGGGAGAUUGAUUUGUUGGAGCCGAAGGAGGUGUAG